UGGAGAGAAAUGGAUUUCAUCCAGGUGUUUUCCUUCACUCUGCUGUCCGUUCUGGCAGCCAACGCUCAGAUCUUCAGUCCUGGCAGAUGUCCCCAAGCUGCUGUUCAGCAGCAGUUUGAUGCUGCAAGGUAUCUUGGUAAAUGGUAUGAAAUCCAGAGGUUGCCCCACACGUUUCAGACAGGCCAGUGCAGCACUGCCACCUACAGUCUGCAGAGUCCUGGUGUUGUUGGAGUCCUAAACAGGGAGCUGCUUGCGAAUGGGACCAUUGAUGAAAUCAUUGGGACUGCCAAACCUGACCCAGCUGAGCCUGCCAAACUGCUGGUCUACUUCUUUGAGAACUCUCCCCCUGCUCCAUACUGGGUUCUGUCCACAGACUAUGAUAACUACGCCCUGGUCUACAGCUGCACCGACCUACUUAUGUUGCACGCUGACUUUGUCUGGAUCCUGAGCAGGCAGCCCACUCUGCCUGACGAUACCCUGGAGGAGCUUCACAGCAUCCUGCGGUCCCUCAAUGUCAGUGUAGACAAGCUGCUGUACACCAACCAGGAUCCAGUGUCAUGUAGUGUCAUGAACCAGUAAAAUAAUA